AUGAGCACUGCUCUGGUUAUCCAUGCACCCGCCAGGAAUGAGCUCGUUCCUCAGUUGCACGGGUUUCCUACUCACUUGAACACCGUGUAUAUGGGAGAGCGCGAAGAGGAGAUUUCGCGUUUGGCCUCACAACAUCAUUUCAGCGAAUACAGCCGCAGCAAGUUUGGUUCGCAAGGGGCGCCGAUUCGUUACAUUCCCUUGUCCAUACAAGCUCCAGAAGUCUUCCGAGAGCUUCGUUCACGUCAAGUUCGUUCUUCAACCACAAAAACAUGGUGGCAUCAUGAACUCCCACAACCUACUUCACCUGUCACACCAGUGCUGUUAGGUCCCACUGGUCUAGCUCCGGAUGCUAAAUCCGAGUCCGACGAACUUUCGAGGAAGUUAUUUGCUGCAAUGGAUGAGCAAUUAACCUCGCCACAUUCUCAAGCUCAAGCUGCGUUUGGGCAGUCGCGACAUAACGUCAAGACUUCUGUUUCUCAUCCCAUUAAAUUGUCCUUCAUAAUACCUUCUGAACUUUUGGCUCUAGUGUCAUCUCAUUUACUCCUCACCCCAUCCGCUCACUCUUUCACCGUAAAGCAACCGACCAUCUUCGAGCUACCGUCUCCGUUCACCCUUGACCGGUUGACCAAUCUCCAAUACCCCAUGUUUCGUCCUGACUCGCAAGUGAGGUGCCCACCCACAAUGGCUGGUCCGCAUCCCCAUCACUCUGAAACGACAUUUGCGUGUCAUCUACAAACGCGUUCACACGUAUCUGAAGCCCUUCAAGCCGCCAUGAACUCCCGUUUUCAAAGCGGAACUACUACAUCGCCCCAUCAGAAGGUUGCUGGAGUACCUUCUCACGAAAACGGUACUCUCAAGACUUUCCAUACCACGACGCCUUCCGUUGCUCUAUCUGUGUCGGUUACGCAAGUGAAUAAUACAAACGACCCUUUUGGGGCUUUAAGUACGCCACCCAUAGAUACACGUCUUUAUCCUCCCCCUACUCCUUUCCGAGGAUCCUAUUUUGGGUCCGAAGAUGAACAUAUCCAAUCUUCACCUUCAACACCAUUACCGUCCAAGACGGUCCAGAGCCGAACCUUGGGUAACCUAAUUCUCUCUUCUUGCCCAGGUAAAAAAGUUCGGCUUGACGGUCCUGUGAGAGGUCGGUCGGUUGUCCACCGGGACCUCGAGUACGACCUUCGGCGAAUGAAAGAUAUGGGCAUUGGUUGUAUCGUUUGUUGUCUGGACGACUCUGAACUCGAGUUUCUGGGAGCACCUUGGCCGGAAUAUGAACGGAUAACAAGAAUGAUAGGUUUGGAUGUUUUACGAUUACCCACGCCUGAGGGCCUGCCUCCAACCCUUUCACCCGAUGCCCUCGACACAGAACUUACACCUUUAAUUAACCGAUAUACCCUGCAAGGCGUUUCUAUACUUGUCCACUGUCGAGGUGGUGUUGGUCGCGCGGGGGUUGUCGCUUGUUGCUGGACAAUCAAGCUAGGUCUUUGUGGGUGGCUCGACCCAAAUGCCACCGGUAAUCCUGCUGAAUCUGUUCGAUUCGUUGAAAAAGUCGUUUCCGUUCUAAGGCGGAGACGCGGUGCAAAAGCUGUCGAGACAUAUGAGCAGGCAAAAUUCCUCGUUGAUUAUGUGGAAUACCUGAGGAGCAGCGAGUAG